CCUGGUCAAUUCUACUAUUCGCCGUCGGGAUACCACAUGAGUGGGGAAAGCAAAAUUGUCCUUGUUACUGGCGCCAAUGGCUACAUCGCCUCCUGUACAAUACAUGGCCUCCUGCAGGCCGGUUACGCGGUCCGCGGAACAGUACGCUCACCACAUUUGGCCGACAGACUGAAGAAGAAACUACAAACAUGGUGUGACGAUGGCCUGUUGGAGAUUGUACAUGUCCCUGAUAUUAGUAUCCCAGGGGCUUUUGAUGAUGCGGUCCAAGGAGCGACAGCUGUCGCCCACAUCGCGGCCCCAAUAUCUUCGGCCUUCGAGAAUCCUGACCCAGUUCUCGCCACGGCGGUUCGGAGUACGACAUGCCUCUUAGAUUCUUGCAUGAAUGCUGCAGGACCCCAAUUCAGAUCUUUCAUCUUGAUGUCUUCGGCUGCUACGAUGAUUCCGAAACAGCCCCAGUCACACCCAAUCACCGAGUCGGUUUGGGAAGACUGGGCCGAAGAGGAGAUUGCCGCCUUGGGACCACGAGCAUCCGCAUCGUCGAUCUAUGUUGCGAGCAAAACUGCUUCCGAAAGAUCCAUGUGGACAUAUCAGAAUGAACACCGGCCACGUUUUUCCGUGACAUCUAUAAACCCGGGUUUUGUGUGUGGCCCGCCAAUAUUGCUCCCUGACGACCCUAUGAACCCUGUCUUUGAGGGUAUUUGGCCAUAUGUCGGUGUACGGGAUGUUGCUCGCCUGGUUGUCUGGGCUGUUAAUCACCCAGCCCAGUCGGACAAGGGGCGAUACCUGGCGGUUUCCACCGAGGCUAGUCUCUUGAAUAUCGCAAAUACCUUACUCCGAGGCUAUCCAGGCCGACAACAUAUUAUCCUAGGCCCGUGGUCCGGGGCGAAUCUUUCGCCGGAGAAACCAGUUUUAGAACGCACUGCGGCAUUUGAUCCCUCCAAAGCAGUCGAGGCGACGGGCGAGACAUGGAUCCCGUUUGAUCGGACUGUGCUUGAUGCUGCAAAGAAAUUCGAGGCAUACGUUUAA